UCACAAGGAUAGAUAUGGAAACGUUUGGAGAGGUGGCGCUACUGCUGCUCCAAGAACUACAGGUUCUGGCGCAACACAGUCCGUUCCCGAUCCGCAACGACUGUCUGCUGCAGUACAUCACGAUCAACAUCUUCACGAUCGACAGCAGUGCGCUGAAAGAUUGCCAUGACGACAGGGAGGAUGCGAUCUCGGUGCUUCAGCUGCAGGCUCUCAGUCUGGCGAUGUGUAUGUUUGCCGUUCUGGUGAAGAGAGCGGCGGGACUGCUGGAAAAACACAUGCUGGAGGCAGCCGAUCCUGAGGACCUGCUGAGCGACGACCUGCGACACGUGCUGCCCUCUAUCAAGGUGUGGUGCGACUGGCUGUCGAGCGUUCCGAACACGCGGCUCUGGACCUUGCCCGCCGUCAUCAACAGUGACCUCGGCGCCAGGAGUUUGGGCAGGACUGAGCAGAAUGAGUAUGUACUAUCAUCAGAGGAGGAGGAGGAGCUGCAGGGGGAGCAGAGCUCUGCCAUCCAGGAGCUGAAGAGGAAGAAGCAGGUUCUGGAGAGAAGGAAGCUACGGCACGAACAGCAGGGGAAGCAGAGAACGGCGGUGCUGGAGAAGGAGAAGCAGGAGCGACUCGCAGAGGUGAUCGUCUGUCCGUACUUCCUCGUGCCGGACACGAACUGCUUCAUCGAUCAUCUAGCCGGCCUGCAGCGCGUCGUCGCCGCGCGAUGCUACACGCUAGUAGUACCCCUCGUAGACUCCCCGAUACAGGUGCGGCGUGACAUUGUCCUGCUGACCGAGGACAGGAACCUGCGUCUGAAGGCCCACGCUCACAACGUACCCGUCUCCGGCGUGCCUGCUCUGCUCAGGUGGGCCAACCUCAGAUGAUGCUGAUGCUGAUGAUUAUGAUGAUGAUGAUGGUGAUGGUGACUGCUGGUAAGAGCUUCUCACCAACAGAUCUCACGUUGCCGCGGCGACGGUGUGGGCAGCGUCGCGAUGCUCGGGUGUGCGCCCUUGGUCUAGCGUCGCCACGACGACUGCGACGUUACCGUGACGAUGGCUACCGUGACGACCAUGAUGUUACCGUGACGACGGCCACCAGGAUGACUGCGGGAUGCUGCCGUGACGACCAUGACCCGGUUCCACAGACGUGGAUUAACUUUAACUCUCAGUUAAACUCACUAACUCUGAGUUAAAUUUGGGUUU